GGCGUUCCAAGUUCACGCGCUGGAAAUACUCUGCCUGAGCGAGCUCGGGGAGAUCCGAAGGGGCAUCGGCGAGAACAUCCCAGGAGGCGAUGUCUGUGCCUGGAUUCAAGAACUGCUUGUUGACAGCGCGGCACCGCCUGCCCGUGUGUACGUUGACGGACACUACGCGACGAUCGCGAAGUCCAACCGAGUGGCGGUGCUUCAGCGCAGGCUCGUCAGCGACUUCGCGCAGAACCAGCCAGACGGGCGCUUCCAGCACCUCCGUGUUCGCGUUGACGACGACAACGAGCCCGUGUCCAUCGUCAAUUAUCGCUUCAUCUGGGGCGGCGACAUCAUUCAGCUCACCGCCCUGGUGCAGAAUAUCGAUGAAGGCUACGCAGCCUGCCAGGUAUCGAUUGACUCCGGCGCUGCGCAGCCUGGAUCACUGCAGCUGGUCUUCUCUCACCCGAUGAGGUUCAAACACGGCGACAUUGGUGCGUUCUUCGACGGAGUGAGUGAUGCCCCUGACCUCGUUGUGGCCAGGGUGUUUGUGCCUCGAGACCUCGAGAGUGCGGCUGGGCCUUCGCCGGUUCUGCGAAUCACAGAUGCGCACCUUCCGCUGACGCGGGAAUCGACGCGCAGCCCGCCGAGCAACGCUGCGCAGCCUGCCACCUCCUCCAACGUGGUACGCAGGCCCGCCACGCCCCGCGCCAACGCCAUCUGCGGCAGCGACGCCUCCGCCGAAGCAGCGUUGCAGGGGGUGCUCGAGAAGAUCGGCAGAGACUUCCUGUUCGUAGCCUCGUCGGACGGCCGCUUCGAGGCGGCAGCUGCUCCGCGCAUCGCAGAGAAGCUGGAGGAAUUCUUGCGG